UAUUUGACACGUCUAAGAUGUAAUGUUAAAUUAGCCCUAAACCAACCCAAAAAGAAGAAUUUAAGAAUCCAGAGGCAGAGGAGUUGAGUUGCCCGCCGCGCGAACCAUCACAAAUGUGGAAGAGAAGAGGGACAACAUAUUCUCCAAAGUCAUAUAAAUCCAACGACCCCAUCCCCAUCCCCGUCGAUGUUGCUAUUCCUCUCGCUAAUCUAUCCCUCAACUCUGUGCUGUUGCAUGAUUGGUGGCUGGACAUGGCGCAUCCCAGUGGUUUAGCUGUUGGAGGAUUUGAAUGCAGAGGGAGACAAGGACAAAGGGUGUUUUGCUCUGCAGCCAUCGCCAAAAGACAUGAUGCCACCACUCUUGAGACUACAGAUGGCAUCGCAAUUGCUAUCAGCGGCUUCAUCAAUACCUCUCGUUCACUUCAAAAUGGAUUUCCACCUGAGGUUUGCAGUCAUUUCCUCUUUGGAUUUCCAUAUGAUUGGGAGGAAUAUGCUUCACAGUUUUCUAAUGAAGAUCCUUUUAGUCUACUUGGAGAUAACAGGUCUUCUCACAGCAAUAUGAUUUCUUUCCUGCCAGCUUCUUUAGAAAAUCUCCCUGCUACUAAGAUACGUGAUCUACUAAUGUUUUCUGCUGGAGAUUCUCAAAACUCUAUUCUGAAAAGAACUACUUUUUCUCACUUGCUGGAAAAACUCAGUACCGAUACAAUAAUUUCAGUUGAUUCAAACAUGGGAAACGAGCAUCCAAAGGUCUGUCCUUAUUCUGCUCAUGCUGAUAAUUCAAAUUGUGAUAAGAAGGUUAAGGUUAUUCAGAAGCAUGUAGAUGAUAACAUCUCAUAUUCAAGGAGUAAAAGAACAGUGGAUUCCCAGAAUAACGGUCAGUCAAGGAUGGGUGUAAGCAUCCUUACCCCAAGUACAGGUGUUACCACCAGAAGCAUGAAAAGGCUGAAGUUACUUACAGAAAAGCAUGAGUGAAUUUCGUCAAAAUCUUCUAUAAAGCAUAUAAAACUCAUUCAACUUUCAUCAUCAGAGACCACGGAAAACAAUUACGGAGAACAUUGAUAACACAAGCAGGGUAAGAGUAAGAAUCUCUCAGCCAAAUCCAUCGUCAUAUCUAAAAUUAAUCCUCAGCUUUCAACAUCAGAGCCUUGCACAAAGUCUUCCAGGGAGAUAGGAACUAGAAGUGCUUUAAGAGGGAAUCGUGCAACAUCACUGUCAAUCACCAGAGGCCAUUGAAAACCAGUCUGAAGAGACUCUAGAGAAUAAGCAGGCUGAGAAUCUUUUUAGCCAAAUCCUUCAUUGUGCCUCAUAAUACUGCUCAACUUUCAACAUCAGAGCCCUCCAGGAAGCAACCUAUGAAGAUAGGAACUUGAAGUGCAUUAAGAGAGAUGUGGUCAACUACAUAGCUAGACGGAAAGGUAAAGUGGGACUUCCUUAUAGUCACUAGAGAGAAGAUGCAGAGAUAGAACUGCUUCAUGUGGCCUAUCUUGUUGGUAAGCUACAUUGAUUAGCUUAUGAAUCAGCAUUGCUGUGAGAAACUACAACUGAUUAAUCAUUUUCCUACUUCAGUUAGAUGGGCUAAAAAUUCAAUAAUGUUGGGGUGCUUAGCAGUAGCUCAUUGGAACUAUGCCAAGCUUAUUUGAAGGGCUUAAUCAUUGUGAAUCAUAGUAAUUUGUUAUGCAUUUUGCUUAUCUUAUAUCAUUUAUAUCAAAAUUUUAUGUUUAGGGAGAACUUCUUGUGGCUUGCCAAAGAUGACUCACUA